AUGGGGCCCAAAAAGGCAUCGAUGUGCAAAACUUGCCGACAAGACUUUUCCGAUGAGAGGAAGCAGAAAGGCACGUCCAUUCAAUGUGGCCAAUGUUUCUACUUCAUCAAAAGCCAUCCAAUCUACAAGGGCAUGCCUUCCAAGCAGCUUCAGGAAGAAUUGGCAGAUGACGAGAAGUUUGGCACCUACCUCACAGGAUUGACUGAGUGGGAGGAGAACCGUCAAGCUGGCAAGUCGCGCUCGCGGACGCAGAGCGUGACCACAUCUGCUGAAACCAAGGCUUCGAUGCAUACCCGGUCUUUGAAAGGGUAUCUGUGGACCAAAGACUUGUGCGAGAAGAAAGGAUGUGGUGAACUCUUCAAGAGCCGGAGCAAGUGCUUGACUUCUGUCCAGCACAUGGGCAAGACAGUCACAGGAAUCUUGCGUGAUGUCAAUUGCCUUGGAGCCAUCGAGAUUUACGAGGAUUCCAGUGUCAGUGCCAUUCGCAGCAAUGUAGCAGGUGAGGCAGAUGCUAUGGACUGCGAUGCAGUUUCUGAGCAGAACCAACUCUUCACAAACCUGAUACAGCAGAUCAAAUCACAGGAGACUGAGGACGGCGAUGGCAACUCGGGUUUGAAGGCUGCUGCUCGCAAAGAUGAUGACUUCUUGGACCUUUGGGGGGUCUCUUCAUCAGUGGGUGGCCCUUCAUCUUCCAAUCGAAACCGGGGCAGUGAGGGGACCUGUGCAGAGGCUUCUCGACCACCGAAGAAGCAGAAGAUUACGAAGAAGCUAGCUGCUGGUGUUGUGGGUCAGCCUUCUACGUCAGAUUCAGCAGAUACGGCAUCGCAGAGUGGGCAGGCAUCGGCAUCCUCUUUGAGCAGCAGUUGGAUGUUUUCCGGUCGACUCAACAUGAAGGGAGGGAAGGCCAAGCAGUCUGAACAUCACAAGGACUUUGAGCAAACCGAACGAGCAAUUGCCCAAGUCGAGCAGCUGAAGGUUGCAGUUACCAACCCUGCCUCUUACUUGGGUUUGACAUUUGCCAAGUGCCGCAGUGUGUUGGAGAAGAUCCAGUCUAGGAACACAGAUGCUCUUCAGAAACUCUACCGUGAAUCUGGAUUGAAUGGAGAUGCACAAGGACUAGAUCUUUUGAAACGAACAUGCGAGUGCUGCAAGCAAGCCAGCGCCAUUGUCGAUGUUGUGUCUGCUUUGCACGACCCUGAAUCAUCGGCAGAGACUUUGGCAUCUGCCCUUGCUGAUGCACGGCUGGAAAAUGUGGAUGUUCCACAGAAUGCUGAUCAGAUCUGUCAUGCCCGCCUACUGACAGAGCUGAGCAAAGCUCAGAAUUGGUCUGAGUAUUUCAAGCAGAUCGACGUGGAUCACGUGAAGCCUGUCUUUGGAGAUGGGGUGGAGGAUGAUAGCCUUUUGGACUUUCAGGCUUCUUCGCUUCUCACCGCCAUGCGCUCCAUUCUCAUGCAGGAGGUGAAGCUUGACAAUGCCCCAUCUGAUGAGAAAGAGGCAGCCAAGCAGUUGAUCUUACUUCAGGACAAGAUGAUCCUAGAGGGCAGCUGCUUCAUUGACGGCUUCUUUGACGCCAACAUUGCCAAGUUCAUGGAGGAUAAGCCCAACGUUUCCAACCUCUUUGAGGAUAUGCUGAAGUUCAAGAUUGUCUUUGCCGCACUUCUGAGGUCCAAGGAGCGAAGGCUAGGGGAUGCUGAGAUUGAAGCUCUGAAAGGUGCCCGUCAGCACUUGAUUGGCAACAAGAAAGGGUUGUUCUACGAGACUUUGACUCUUUUCCCAUUGGGCCAGUGUGUUGCUGGCAAGGCGGCUGACAUCGUGAACGCUGCUUACCAUGACAAAGGUCUCAUUGCUGAAUUGGACAGCGUGGUUGAAUCACUUUCCACCCUGAAGCCUUUCACCCAAGACUCCAUCUUGAGGAAGGUCAUCAAGGACACGGUUGCCGACUUUGAGAUCCAGAUCCCUAUGUCCAACAAAAUGUUCGACGUGGUUAGCAAGUACUCCAUGAUUUGCAACACUGCUUCGGAACAUUUUCGAUCAGAACGCCACAGAGAUCUUGAUGCAGUUGGUGCCAAGAUUGAUGAGCUCAGUUUGGCAUUGCACGCAGCAGUCUCUACGAAGUUCUGCAACCGACACGGCACGAGCAUCAUUGACGGCAUCACUGCUUUGCUUGACGGCAAGAUGGAUGUGCAGAAGUCCACUGAGUUUUGCAAGGCAUUGGAAAGUGCUGCUUCCUUCGUGCCUUUCAACAAGGCACUGGUCAACAAAGCAUUGGGGGAGACCAGGGGUGCAGUGCUCAAUCAAUUUCUUCAGGACAACAAGGAGUUCUACACCAAGAUCUCAAGGGCGACCAGCGUGCUGUUCCCCUUCCUGGAAUCUCAAGCAGAGGUGGGGGCUUCCACACUCUUGACUCCAUCGCUGGUGCCUUUGAUUGAGGCGAUGCAGAAUGAGACGAUGCUUGCCAACGUACCGAAGAUGGUUCCCAAACUCAUGUGGCCAUUGAAGCGCUUGCAGCAGAAGAUUCUGUCUGCAGCCAAGGUUGCUAUGGCCCGUGAAACAGCUAGCGUGAUCACCCUCAUGUCCAAAUUCCAGGAUGGUGAGGUUGACUUGAAUGCUUUGAUGGAUACGAACCUUGUAGGGGCCGUGGUCGAGUCUGAGGGUGACGAGACUACAUUGAAGGAGGUGAAUUUCGGGAGGAUCUACGAGCUCUACUUUGCAAAGAUCAACUCCGACGGCAAUGCCGAUGCCAACAAGUGCUACAUCGAGAAUGGGUCUGAGAAGUUGGAAGUCAGCCCGACCGUUCUUUGUGCUGGCAAAGUCAUCCACCAUGUUCUCAGAAACAUUGCUCAUUUGAGUGGCAUCAUGAAGGAAGCAUCAGAGAAACCACCAAUGGUAGAGAAUUUGACACCACCAAAAGCGUCGAAGCUGUAUGUGGGUUGCAAGCUUCAGCAUUUGGUCGAUUCCGGAGCGAAGUGUGUCAGCAAGUGUAUCCAGUCUCUUCAGGAGGCAACUACAUCCUUGGAAACUAUCCCAUGCGACGUCGCCAAGUCCCGCUUGCAACAGUGCAAGGAGAAGCUAGGUGACCAAAUCAAGCUCUUCGUGACCGAUUUGAGUGGGGAAGUGUCAGGGGUGCAGCGCCACAUCCAGCAGGUUCUUCCCAAGGUGCUGGAUGAGUUCAAGUUGAGUGAGUCGCUUGAGUCUGAUUCAUAUGACCCUAGCAUGGUCAAGGCAGCGUGUGCAGAUGCUCGUGUACAGAUCCUUUAUCAUUUGAUGCGCUUGGGAAAGCCAGGCAUUUUGUCUGCACUUUCUACGCUGCAGUCAAUGGCCAUGAUUUGCAAGAAUUUUGCAGAGCUGCCCGUUUACAGUGCAGCCGCAACAUGGACAGACGCUGUAAUUGCAGAUGUCUCGAAGUUUGCUGAAGGAGAUCUGAAAAAUCAAUCAGGUCUUGCUUUUACCGGGUAUGCACUUGGAAACAUUACCCUGGCUCAAAGUGUUUAUCGUGAAUUGAGCACUGGGGAGACCCGACAGAACCUAGUGUUUAAAGCCCUCAAUGGUGUGAAGGCCCGUGGCUUCAAAUGCAACCAAAAGCUGUUGCAGAAAUGUGAGGCCAUUCUUAAGGGUCAUGGCAGCAAACAAGCCAAGUGA